AACAUCAGCAAGUCCAGAUUCUUCAAAGUGGCGAGAAGUCGGACUCAGCAUCAAUGAGAUGUGAGAACAGAGAGCACCACGUACAUUAUAUUGAAGCCAGUGACACGGCGAAACUCACGAAGAGACUAUCGCAGAUCCCAGAAAUUGAGAGCAACGUUUUGUUUCAGUUCAUCCGCUGCAUGUGUGACCUGACCGCUUUGACCGAACUAGUGAUAGCAGACGGUAUACGAUGUGGUACUUGCUUUGUUCAGAAAAUUGAAAAGUUCGCUAACACGUCCUGUCCUUGUCCAGAAUGUCAAGGUCAUCGAAACACCAAAUGGGGGAAGGUUACCUUGACAACAGCCUUGCAUGUGCUGAAGGAUGAAGCUGACGCCUCCAAAUGUACAGUUCGCUUUUUCAUUGACAGUGAAGACAGUACCGAUCAGGGGAAGAUAAUCUACGGGCUGAAGUCACAUUCACGGGAUGUUACGGGAGACUGGUGUGCCCUUGUUUGUGCGACACACGAUCUUGAUCUUCUUACACUUCUAGAAGACAAACUAAAGGAGUACUGGAAACUUGGUCGGGCACUGAAAGACAAGUACCAGAAAGAGAGCGAAAAUCUUGUUGUUGUCGUGGUGUCGCACCCACACGGCGGACCAAAGCGUAUCAGUCUCGGCGAGGCCAAAGUAAAAGACUUGGCACGGGAAGUCAGAGAAGAUCAAGAUUGGUGCUAUUACUCCUACGAUGCUGUCACGUGUGACGGAAGUAGUGGCGCCCCAGUGUAUGUCCUUGGCCGAUGGAAUGAUGGAUUCGGAUACUGGUUUGGGCACACCCAUAACCACAGCGGCAUUGACAACUUUGACCUAAACAGCAGCACGGUUGGCGUCGAUUCCACAUAUGGCUUGUCAAGGCAGUCAUAUCGAAGCGUCGUUCUGGAGAAAACAGACGGUUGUGGACAAAGUAGUUUUCAGAAGGAAUAA